AUGGAGGAGGCAGCGGGGCGGAAUGAUGACGGAGCGAGUAGUUCAGCUGCUCAUUACUACUACUUCAAGAGCAAAGAGUUCCAGGCCCAAGGAUUUGAGGCCCUUAAAAUCAUGAGGCUCCAGUCCAGUCCCCCUAUUGGAAAAUCUCAGUUUGGCUACGAGCCAACAGGCAUCCGUAGGGGAGAGAAUAAGAAAUGGUCCGGUGAUAAUGCUAUAUAAUCCACCGAAUACAUUUUUCUUCUGUGAAGAAGUCUUGUAAAAAGUAAAUGAAUUAUUAAAAUAGACGCAAAAUUAUCUCUCGAAAUUUACUUUUGUUCUGAGGACACGGACUACAACUUUUAAUGAAAGUAAUGUCAUUGUUGAUUGUUAACCUGCUAGAAUGUAUUUGCAGUAUACGCUGAAUAUCCUUUAAAGCAAAGAUCUAAUUAAAUGAAGUAUUAAUGUGCCUUAGCCCAAAACAUCAAUGUCCUAAACUGAAGACACAAUAAAUUUAAAAUGUGUGAAAUGAUAUUCAUACACAAAAAAUUAAUUCUUUUUUUAAUAUAUCUAACUUCGUCUGCCUAAGUGCCGGUGCUGUUGUCACUGACGGAAUGGACAGACGUUCUGCCGUCAUUCUAUUUUUCGGUAUCAAGGACCCACAAAACAUGGAUUCUGGUUUUACCAUGAGUUAGAGGAUUUUUUGUCUAAAUUUAGCAAGUGGAUCUAUCCAUUUUUUCGUUACCAGGGGCCUGAAAUAAAAGUUUUUCUGCGGAAAAUUCCCUGUUUUCUUGCGCAGCCGCAUAUAACUUUUUCUCUACUCCGUAGCGAGAAAGUAAAAAUCUACAUUAUCUCUCACUGCCGAUCUCUCGCCAAUCGUGUAUUUU